CGCGAGCACCAAGGCGGGCAAGCCCAUGACGCUGCAGAAGCUGGCGAACAACAAGAAGGGGCAGGUGGUGCUGCAGGGGAAGAAGUUCGCCAUUUCGAGUUGGGAUUAUAACCCCCAACCAUCCACUUCCACAACCACCACCAUCGCCUCAUCUGCAGUCUCCCAGUCUCCUCUCCCGCCCAGGCAUUCACCUCGGACCAUAGCAUCCCGGCAUUCCAACCAUCCCCGACUGGUACUGACAAUCGGCUGGAUUCAGUUUCCCAGAGUUCUACGUCCUCGUUCCACACUCUCAGCCAUGGCGGUUUCCCGAUCUGCCGUUCUGCUGCUAGCUCUUGUCGGCUUCGCCGCCGUCUGCUCGGCUCAAACAACAGCGCCCAAAACACCAACCGCGCCGAAGACAACGCCGGCUACGCCGGGGAAGACGACAACUCCAGGGAAGACCGCGGGGGCGCCAACAGGCCCGCUGACGCCCUUCGACGAGGCAAUUCAGAAGCUCAACCAGUCGGGAUUCACCAGCUUCGUCUCUCUCGUCAGUGCCUACGGCAAGAUGAAGGAAGUGAAGGCCGCGCUCGCGAAGCCCCUGACGAUGCUGGUGCCGUCGAACACGGCGAUCAGCAAGCUGCAGAUCACCAAGUACAAGUCGACGGAGCUGAUGGUGGUGGUGGGGUUCUCGGCGUUCAAGAAGGUCAUUCCGGCCGACGCGCUCAAGAGCCUGCCCGAGGGGAGCAACAUCACGACGCUCGCGAGCACCAAGGCGGGCAAGCCCAUGACGUUGCAGAAGCUGGCGAACAACAAGAAGGGGCAGGUGGUGCUGCAGGGGAAGAAGGGGAGCACCAUGACCAUUACUAAGCUUAACUUCUACGUCAAGGCCGGCAAGCUCGCCGUGCACACUACGGACGCUGUGGCCUUCCCCACCACGCUCCAGGGCACCGUGCUGUAAGCAGCAACGGUUCCUGUAAGCGGUGCUUCGAUAAGAGGAGCUGCGCCGCUUCAAUAAUACUAGAAAGAGCCUGACAGAUGCCGGCGCUUCUGACACCACUGGCGCUUCAGUAAAUCCAGAUAUGGGUUUGCUUGUAGCGCGUAAAUCUAGAUCCGGGCCUAGAGGGAGGCAUUGGCCAGUAGUGUUUUAGCUUAAAACUUGCUGCUGGUUCAGGGUGACAUAACACCCGAAGUUUGGAAGUAUAAUUUAUAAAUGAUGAGAUCUUGGGGCACGUGUCCCUCG